UUCCAAGAGAGAGAGAGAGAGAGAGAGAGAUGGCAAUAAGGUGGUAUAUUUUGUUUGUUCUUGUUCUGGGAACGGUGCACGCCAGUGCACGGAGUCUACGUAAACGCGGAGACGCUGGUCUAAAGAUCAACCAGACGCAGGAAGUACGUACCACUAAUUCCGCUGCCCUCAAAACAGGCGCACCCAAAGUACCUCCCACUGAAGCUUCUCCUAUUGGCCUCAAAGAAGAAAAGAACUUCUAUAAAUAUGGUGGGGUUGGUGGCUUUGCCGGAAUCGGCGGUUUUGCUGGCGUUGGAGGCGGCUUGGGCGGUGCCGGUGGCGGUUUUGGCGGUGGCGCUGGUGGAGUGGGCGGCUUGGGUGGUGCGGGUGGUGGUUUAGGCGGUGGGGCAGGCGGCUUGGGCGGUGGUGGCGGUUUAGGAGGUGGUGCUGGUGGAAUAGGAGGCCUGGGUGGUAUCGGUGGAAUCGGCGGAUUGGGGGGUAUUGGGGGAGUAGGAGGCCUUGGUGGUGCUGGUGGAGGAGCUGGCGGGGCUGGAGGUGGUGGGGGUGUGGGUGGUGGAGUCGGCGGCGCUGGGGGUUUAGGUGGUGGUGCUGGCGGGGGAGUCGGCGGUGGAUCUGGCUGUGGUGGGUUGCCAAGUCCUUAAAUUCCGAAACCCCCCUGUGUAAAUGGCAGGCGUCAGAAUUUUGGCGGAGUGCAUGCAUUCGGAUUUGGUGCUGUGGUUAUGAUCAGUUGGAUCCUUAGCGUGUUUUGUA